GACGACUACAUGGGCGUGGAUUCGCGACAGCGUUUACGGGAAUUGACAAGACGCUUCCUUGGAAGACCCACCUCCGAGACUUAGCAACUUCAUUGUACAGGAUUUAAAACCCUUAUCAAUGAUACAUGCUCAAAAACAUCAUCGUAAUAGGAUGAUAUAAGUAGCCUACAUUGAUAUUGGACCGUUCAUGAAAGAUAAAGUUAUUUUUUUCAGACAUUCGUGGACGGCAUAAAGACAUAGUGAAUGCCUCGAAACAAGGCAAUGGACAUGGGCAGGCAACUGUUGGUAAAGAUGCAGAGGACGAGGAAGGGCAAGUUCACGCCAAUCCCUGUAUUACCACAGGGCCUCGAGGUCCACUUCUACCUGCGAGACUCUCACCAGCUGGAGUUUCUCCGGGGUUGUUACACUGCUGAGGAGCUGUGCACAGAGGCAGCCAAGAAGUGUGGCAUUUCGCCUCUUUGCUUCAAUCUGUUUGCCUUGUAUGACGAGAGCAUGAACAUCUGGUACCCUCCCAAUCACACCUUCAAAAUCGAGGAGAGCACCUGCUUAAAGCUUCACUAUCGCAUGAGGUUCUACUUCACCAACUGGCAUGGUGCGAAUGACAAUGUGCCACGUGUUUGCAGACAUGCCCUCAAGAGAAAGAACGGCAAUGGGCCGAAGACCGAAUCAGGGGGUACCGCACUCCUUGAGGCUGCCUCACUGAAGUAUCUGUUUGCCCAGGGUCAGCAUGACUUCCUGAAGGGACGGGCCGCAGUGCGUAACUCUCAGAAUGAAGAGGAGGCCCACUGUAUUGAGAAUGAGUGCCUGGGAGUGGCAGUGUUGUCUAUCACACACAAUGCCUUGGAGAAGAACAUCAGCAACCCAUAUUUAGGAGGACAGAUCAGCUAUAAGAAAUACAUCCCAGAGAGCGUGAACCAAAUCAUCAAGCAGCGGAACUUCCUGACACGAGUCCGCAUCUCCCGGGUGUUUCAGCACUUCCUUAACGAGUUCAACAACAAGACAGUGAAGAACAACAAAGUCAACACCCAUGACAUCAAGGUCAAAUACUUGGCUACGCUGGAGACGCUGACCCGUGGGUUCGGCUGUGAGAUGUACAAGCCUGAAGUGCUACGUGUGACUGACAGCGAAGGGGAGAUCGAAGGAACUCCCACUUCCUGUAACCAGGGUCAGCCCACCCAGUACCAAGUCCUUGUGUCUGGAAAUACAGGGAUCAAGUGGCGGAGGAAGCAACAGAAUAAUGCAUGGACUGCCAAAGAGAAGAAAAAAUCUAAAAAGUACAAAACCGACAUCAACUGGAAGAACAAACCAGCUCAAGACCUUUCGAAUGACUGGAAAACCUUCUCUGAUUUCUAUGAGAUUACACACAUCAACAUCAAGGGCUCCACAGUCACUGUCCACAAGCAGGACAACAAAAAGAUGGAACUGAGCCUGGGUUUCCAUGCAGAGGCAUUGUCUUUUGCCACCCUCAUUGAUGGAUACUUCCGUUUGACAGUGGAUGCACAUCACUUCCUGUGUACAGAUGUGGCCCCUCCCUCUGUGGUACAGAACCUGCAGGAAGGCUGUCAUGGUCCAAUCAGCAUGGACUACACCUCCCACAAGCUGCGUCAGGAGGGCAACGAGGAGGGCAUGUAUGUGCUGCGCUGGAGCUGCAUCGACUAUGACCACAUCAUCCUGACUGUCAAAUGCAAUGAAGUGGACCUGACCGAUAGCCAUCCGUACCGUAGCUUUAAGAUCGAGGUGGGGCCGGAAGGCUACGGCCUGAGUGGUACAGCCCUGAGGCAGCCCUCUCUCAGGGAGCUGAUGGAACAGCUGAGGGGCCAGAGACUUAGUACAGACGGAGUCCUAUUCCAGCUCCGCAAGGCCUGCCCUCCGCAGCCCAGAGAAAUGUCUAACCUGCUACUGGUGACAAAGAGAAAUGCGGAGCUGACGUACCCCGUACAGAAUCAUGUCAUCUUCCACAAGAUCCUCAACGAGGACAUAGUGCAGGAGGAGCACUUGGGCUGUGGCACCAGAACUAACAUCUAUGCUGGCAAAUUUAAGAUAAAGAGUGAGGAAGAGAAGGAUGUGUGGGGUUCCCAAACCUACCACGAGGUGAAAGUGGUCCUGAAAGUGCUAGGGUCCCAACACAGAGACAUCUCUAUGACUUUCUUUGAAACGGUCAGUAUGAUGCGUCAGGUGUCCCAUCAACACAUCACUCUGCUGCACGGUGUCUGUGUUCGCAGCCAUGACAAUAUCAUUGUGGAGGAGCAUGUGACGCUGGGUCCUCUGGAUGUGUUCAUGCGGGGACAUCGUCUUGAACUCAGCACCUCCUGGAAGUACCAAGUGGCCAAACAACUGACCGGCGCCCUCAGCUACCUGGAGGAUAAGAAGCUGGUCCAUGGCUAUGUGUGUGCUAAGAACGUCCUAGUGGAGCGGGAUGGCCUAGAGGGAGAGACUGGGCCCUUCAUCAAACUGAGUAGCCCUGGGGUAUCCAUCUCCGCACUCAACAUACAAGAGUGUGUGGAGAGGAUCCCGUGGAUCGCCCCAGAGUGUGUGAGAAACAGCCAGGCCCUGAGUGUUGCGGUGGAUAAGUGGGGCUUUGGCACCACACUGUGGGAGAUCUGCUAUGAGGGAGAGGCCCCACUCAAAGACAAGAAACUCAUAGAGAAGGAGAUGUUUUACUCGGCCCAGUGUUCCCUGGUGACCCCAGACUGCCCUCAGCUGGCUGAGCUCAUCACCAAGUGCAUGAACUACGACCCCAAGAGGAGGCCCUUCUUCAGGGCCAUUGUCAGGGACCUCACCGGGGUGGCCGAGCAGAACCCAGUCCUGCCACCUGGUAGGGUGCCCAUCCAGGAAGUGGACCCCACUGUGUUUGAUACCAGGUUCCUCAGGAAGAUCGAUGACCUGGGAGAGGGUCACUUUGGUAAGGUGGAGCUGUGUCUGUAUGACCCCCGUGGGGACGGCCGAGGGGAGCUGGUGGCGGUCAAGUCUCUGAAGCCAAACAGCAAAGGCCAGCUGGCCUGCCACCUGAGAAAAGAGAUAGAUACCAUGAGAGAACUCUACCACCACAACAUCGUCAAAUACAAAGGAGUGUGUAGCGAGGAGGGUGGGAGGACCACUAAGCUGAUUAUGGAGUACCUGCCAGCGGGGAGCCUGAAGGACUACCUUCCCAAAAGAAAACACCAGACUGACCUCAAGAGACUCCUCCACUACGCCCUCCAGAUCUGCCAGGGAAUGGAUUACUUGGGAUCCCAGCGGUUCAUCCACCGGGAUUUGGCGGCCAGGAACGUUCUGGUGGAGAACGAGAGCACGGUGAAGAUCGGAGACUUUGGCCUGACCAAGAGCAUGAAGGAGGACAAGAGUUACUACACAGUCAAAGAGGAGACUGACAGCCCUGUGUUCUGGUAUGCUCCUGAGUGCCUGAUGGACUGCAAGUUCUACCCUGCGUCUGACGUGUGGUCUUUCGGAGUGACCCUCUAUGAGCUGAUGACCUACUGCGAGACAAGCAGCAGUCCUACCACGGUAUUUUCGGAGAUGCUUCAUCCAACCAAAGGUCUGAUGACUCUCACCCGAUUGGUGGAAGUGCUGAUAGCCGGCAGGAGGCUGCCCUGUCCACCUCGCUGCCCAGACACGGUGUACUCUCUGAUGAGGAGGUGUUGGGAGUAUGACCCUGCGAACAGGAUCCAGUUCAAAGGCCUGAUCACAGAGCUGGAGACGCUGCUGGACGAGAGGCACAGAGGAGAUAGACUGGCUGUCUGAACUGAUAGAGCUCACACAUAGAUGGAUAUAUACAAUAAUAUAAUAUACACUGAGUAUACCAAAACAUUAGGAACACCUUCGUAAUAUUGAGUUGCUCCCCCCACCCCUUUUUGCCCUCAGAACAGCAUCAAUUCGUCGGGGCAUGGACCCUACAAGGUGCCGAAAGCGUUCCACAGGGAUGCUAGCCCAUGUUGACUCCAAUGCUUCCCACGGUUGUUUCAAGUUGUGUGGAUGUCCUUUGGGUGGUGGAUCAUUCUUGAUACACCUGGAAAACAGGUUGAGUGUGAAAAACCCAGCAGCAUUGCAGUUCUUGACACAAACCGGUGCGCCUGGCACCUACUACCAUACACCGUUCAAAGGCACUUAUAUUUCUUGCACAUUCACCCUCUGAAUGGCACAAAUACUCAAUCCAUGUCUCAAGGCUUAAAAAUCAUUAUUUAACCUGUCUCCUUCCCUUCAUCUACACUGUUUGAAGGGGAUUUAACAAGUGACAUCAAUAAGGGAUCAUAGCAGGUGUUCUUAAUGUUUUGAACACUCAGUGUAUAUGCCAUUUAGCAAACGCAUCUAUCCAAAUAGACGGAUGGAUGGAUGAAAAGGCUGACAGACAGACGGACAGACUAAUGUUAGUUAUCAGAAACAGACAGACGUUUGUUAGCACAGAUGGACUGACAGACAGACUGACAUUGACUACUACAGACUACUAAAAAUAGACGUAAUCUAGCACAGACAAACACAUGCACCGACAGACCAACACACAGAAAGACAGACAGACGUUAACCAUCACUGACAGACAGAAAGACAUACAGAAAGCACAGAAGGACAAAAGCUACAUUUCUUUACAAUACAGAAACAAACUGCCCAGAUGUGGGCUUGAUUUAUAUACUUUUCCACAUACUGUACAUAUACAGUAACUCAAACGUAUUCUGAACUUCAAAUGCAUGCUGCUGUCAUUCAAUAUUUUCUAUAGUACAGCAUUUGUUUAUUUCUUUUUACAAGCUAUUGAAACACAUUGUAAGUUAAAUAGGACCCUUUUGGAUAACUGAGUUAGUUCAUUUUGUAAGGAUGAAAGACAUUGAGGCGGUAAUUUGCGUUAGCCAACGAACAGAUCACUUUUUUUAGCCGGUGUCAGAGGUGUAACCAAUGAUGUAUAUAAACCCUGGAUUGCUGAUGCUAUGCAUUGGUCAAUGAGAGGCUUAGAAGCCACCGGUUGGGCAUAUUGGCACUCCCCAGAAAAGCAGUCCUCCAUACGAGUUCUACAGUAUUUCAAUUAAUUGUUUCAAGGACAAAAUUGCAUGUAUUUAAGUACUUUUCUUGUUGUAGCGGAGAUAUUAACAUUUUUAUGUUUAGCUCAGAUAAUAUCAUUAAAAAGUAUGCAUUAACUUGUCUGUAAUAGAAUAAAUGUGGCGACAACAAAUGCA